GAGCAAAAAAAGAAGAAGCCUAUGUUUUUGUUUCUGGCGGAAACACCGCUGUGGUAGGGUGUGUUUUUGUUCGUUUGAUAAAAGUUUUGGAAUAACCCAAAUGUGUUCAUAAGAUCUGGUCUGAGAUGUACUACUAUCGAUAUGAGAAUGCUGAGGUCAGCUGCUGCUACAAAUAUCUGAUGUUUAGCUACAACAUCAUCUUUUGGCUGGCUGGAGUUGCUUUCAUUGCAGCUGGUUUCUGGGCAUGGAGUGAAAAGGGAGUCCUGUUAGAUCUUACCCAGGUGACCCGGCUGCAUGGUUUUGACCCAGUCUGGUUGGUUCUAGCAGUAGGUGGGAUCACCUUCAUCCUGGGCUUUGCCGGCUGUGUGGGAGCUCUAAGAGAAAACAUCUGUCUGCUUAAGUUUUUUUCUGGUGUGAUUGGCUUCAUCUUCAUCUUGGAGCUGACGGCUGCAGUUCUGGCAGUUGUUUUCCAGAGCCAGGUCAGACAGUGGAUCAAUGACUUCUUCCUAGCAAACAUCAAAGCGUACAGAGAUGACAUUGACCUGCAGAACCUCAUUGACUCUCUACAGAGGAUGAACCACUGCUGUGGAGCUCAGGAGCCAAACGACUGGGAUCUGAAUAUUUAUUUCAGUUGUAAUGAUACCCAUCGCAGUCGAGAGAGGUGUGGAGUUCCGUUUUCCUGCUGUAUCACAGAUCCUGCUGACUCGGUGGUGAACACUCAGUGUGGCUAUGAUGUUCGAAACAAACCAAAGAGAGAUUGGACUGAACAUAUCUUCACUAAAGGCUGUAUCCCUGCGUUGGAAGACUGGUUACCUGGAAACCUCUACACAGUAGCAAUCGUGUUCAUCGUCAUCUCUCUGCUGCAGAUGGUGGGGAUCUACCUUGCAAGGACUCUGAUCUCUGACAUCUUGAAGGUCAAAUUCAACUACUGAAGCUCCAAUUGCAGGGGAUGUGGCCUAAACAUACAGGGGGGGUCACCACCUGCAGUGGCUAGGCCUCAACCAUGUGUUACAGGACCAAGUUUCUUCAGUCAGAUGUGCCUUCCUGUUCUUCCUUUUUUUUUGUCUCUCUUCCUUUUUAGCAGCUCUGCCUUAUCAAGCUAUGUUUUCAUGUCAUCAGUGCAGUCCUUCUUGAUCAUCACAUUGCUAUGGUUACAGAAACCUGAGAGAGAACAUUUGUUCUCCUUUUUUUGGGAGAUCUGUUGAUGUUGCAGUGUUUAGUUUGUUUGUCUGUUUUAUUCUUGAAUGUUUCUUCAUCUUUGCAACAAGAAGCUGCUCAGCACCAGACUGCCUUCAAAUCAAACUGUCUCAGUCUUCUUUCUGAAUGUUAAUUGAACCAUUUAGACCUUUGAUGUGAUUGGCUGUUUACCACUCAGUGCCUCCAACAUCACCAUCUUUGUCAUCAUCUUCAUCAUCAUCAUCAUCAAAUUGUACUCAGGUCUUCUCUUUUUAACGUUCUUCUUAACGUAAUGUGUCUGGUUGAUUGAUCUACUUAUUUCUUUGAAUUAACUUUAUCAAGUCUUGUAUAAUAUCAGUUUUCUCUUUUUGUUUUUAAAUACAAAACUGUACAAAACAAAAAAAACAUAAAGUGAGUCCAGUAAAAGUAGUUUUAUCACCCAAAUGUUUCCGAUUGAGCAUUUUAGUCCUGUCAUAAUCAUUUCUGUGAUUCAAACAGGAAGUGAACCCUUAAUGUAAAAACAGGUUUGAAUCCAGCCGGGCCAAUUAGAGAAAGAUGAGUCAGUGAUGUCAUCCAAGCAGGGUUACAGAGCUCUGGCAGCUUUAUGUUUAUUGCGGACAUGAACAAUGUAACUUAAUCUGUAACAUUAAUAAUUGACGUUGUUUUGAAAUGGCAACAACCCAAAACUAAUAAUUAUUCAUGAAUGACAAAAAAAGAGAAAAUAAAUCAAAAUAGUUCAUGAUAUAACAUGACCUUAAACUCGGUCAUAUUUCCUUGACAUGGUUAAUUCCAGCCUUAUGUAUAAAAAAAACUUACUCACUGGACUUAUUUUUGUUUUUAUUUAAGCAACACCAAAAAUGAUAGAAACAAGAGAGAACUUACACUGAACUAGACCUGACAGGAAAAUAGAACAAUAGAAGUGGUAAAAAAAAGAAGUUGAAAUCAUUGAAAUGGCAGACUGUUCCUCACAACAUAUCAGGUGAUUCCUCACCUGUAUGUUUGAUUUAAAAAAAGACUUAAAACUUUAUUGACACUGGAUUCAUUUGAGUUGAAAAUGUUGCUAUGAAUGAAGAUUUCGGGGUGACUGAGCCAAUCAGAAAAUAAUAGAACAUUUUGUUUAAAUUUUCUGCUUUGUGUUUAUGGUUUCAUUUUCAUGUUUAUGUUGGGAGUUUAAAAAUGACCUUUUUUCUGAAGGGAUUCUUUUUUUAUACAUAAUUUUUAUGUCUUCUUGUUUUCAUAAAAUAAAAUUGAAACUUGUUUUUA